AUGUGGUUCCUGGAGCACGAGAGCCUCUUCGGAGGUAAGCGUGUAUGGCUGCGGCCAGGAUCGCAGCAACUAUUCGGCCGAACAAAGUCUGGCGACGGCGAUGGCACGGAAGGGAAGACGUGGAAGAUUGACAACAAGGCGGUCUCGCGAAAACAUGUUAUGCUGAGAGUCCUCGAACAACCACCAGAACAAGGCACGAAGCUUCAUACGAGGUCACAGAUCGAGGUUACCGACCUCAGCUGCCGGCAAGGAACUACCAUCGACGAGAAGGACAUACUGAAGAGUCGGAAGGCAGAAGACGGGACGAUUACCUAUGACAAAAUUACCUUACAGGGCGUUGAGCAUACAGUUAGGCUGGCCCAGGGUUAUGCGCCGUUUAAAAUUGUGUGGCGGCCGGUGGUCUUCACAUACGCUUCUAAAGAAACUAGGGAAGGAAAGGCUCGCAGCGCUCAGCUACACGCUUUGGAUAUCAAGACUACAACCGAUUUUCAGUUUGACAAGACUACCCAUGUUGUCUCUCAGAAGCGAAAUCUUCCGAAAGUCCUCUCAGGCUUAACAGCCGGCAAGCACAUUGUGACUGGUGAAUUUCUCGACGCCAUCGUCAACGUCGCUACAACAUCGGUCGAUGAAGCUGAGAACUAUGUUCCUUCACAGCUGGAAGAGGAUUUUGAUACUUGGUGGCCGAAAGAGAAGGAGUAUAUACCUGCAAUGAGCGCGGAGCCCGUUCCGCAACCACAAGAGCUGCUGGAACCAGACUCAUCACGGUCUGAAAUUUUCUCAGGCCUGACCUUUAUCUUCUUGAACGACGGCCAAUACAGUAGCUUGCUUGAUCCUAUCACUGGUGGAGGCGGCAAAGCACUGCUCUACGAUGUGCGACCAGGUGAAACCACCGUCCAAGAAUACGUUGACUUUGUACAUGGCGUGGUAGGGAAGAAGAAACGUAGCAGUGCCAGUAGUAGCAAGCUUCCGGUCGUAACGGUGCGCCUGCCGACGUAUCCUGAUGCCAUGGAAGAAUGGGCAGCAGCUUUCGUUACUGGUGUCGAUCAAGCACUGAACCAGCGAUCGAUUCUGCAGAACGAAUUCCUUGAUGUGAUCAUCACGAAAGAUCGAGGUUCACUCCAAAGACCACCUGCGGAAGUGAUUGAUAUUGCAUCCUCUGCACCACAGCCAGUAUCAACUCGACGUUCCGCGCGCGACUUAACUCCAAUGUCUCAACCUAGAGUUCCUUCACAAGCUCCCGAAGAGAGCGCACCACCUGCAGAAGAGCCCGCGAGGAUCAACUCGCGAAAGCGCAUACAUCGCCCGAAGACGAGUCGUUUUACUGGAUUUGAUGACUACGAGCCGCCCCCGAAGAAGAAGAAGGUCGAAGACACACAAAUGGAAGAUGUGCAGGAGUCCGUAGUAUCAGUAGCAGCCUCACAAGCGCGCAAUGCACCAGGUACACAAACACAGACACGAUUCGCCCCGCCAUCGCCAGUCCAUGACAGCGUAGAGAAAGAAGAGCAACUAGACAUACUUUUUCCCACUGCCGCAAAGUUCAAGCGUCAAAGAGAAGCGACCCGUGCACCUUCGGUAUCUGUCGAGCCAGAAGCAGGUGGCCAUGAUCAAAAACCCAAAAGUAGAGGUAAAGAAGCAUUUGAGAAGCUCCAGCGAGCCAAAGCAAUAGCGGACAACAAGGAUAUCAAUGUCCGCGAGCACACACGCCUCCGCAUCAAGGAGGAAGAAGAUCGUCGGAAAGCAGAUGAACAGAGCUUGCGAGAAGCAGUCGAAGGUAUCGACAUUGCUGAAAUGAAGAACCUGGCGCAAGUUGAGGAGAUGGACGUCCUUCCACGUGAGGACAGGGGAAUGGUACGUGGCCAGAGCCAGGCUCAUGGCGAGCGCUGGAACGCAGAAUGGAAUGGCCGCAAGAACUUCAAGAAAUUCCGCCGGCGGGGCGCAGAGCACGGCGUCCAAGCGCAUAAAGUCAUCGUUACGCUUGAAGAAGCGCCGCCGAAGAAAGGAUUCGGCGUUGGCGAUGCUUUCUUCCUCGAAGACGUUGAGCCCUCAUCGAGGUCACGCGAUAGCAGACGGAAAGAAGUCGACGAUUCGUCAGAGCCGGAACCCGGCUUCACGAGGCGUAAGAGGACGACACAGACGGAGGUCAUCAAUGUGGAAGAUAGUGGACCUGGCGAUGAGGAGGAUCCGGUCGAAAGUGCGAGGACGCAGAGAAGUAGUGGUAGGACACAGAGGGUUGUGGAGACGCAGGUGGAUGAUCCGCAAACGCAGACGCAGAGGGGAAAGAAGAGAGGCUCUAGCGGUACUGCGGCGAGUCAGCCUGCGAGCAAGCGUGGUAGGGUUAGCAAGAGGGACGACGACAGUGAUGAGGAAGAGACUGGUUUCAGGUUCAGGCGAAGGGGAUAA